AUGUCACUUCCUGACAACAUCUUCUGCUGCGACUGUUGCACGGAAGUCGAUACUCGACACUCCGACAAACCUUAUCAUGAUCCUAACAAGCACUUUCACAAAACCAUCUACCAAUCGUUCCUCAAUUUUGCAGCCCGAUUAUCGGCAGCCGAAGAUCAUCUUGAAAUGGUCCGAGCUCAUGAAGAUGCUGAACGUCAACGCCAGGCUGCUCAAAUUUGUGCAGCAGUCAUCCCAGACCAAGAAGAAUCAGAGUUUAUCUCGAUGACGCUGUCGGAUAUGAUCCGAAGUUAUAAUCCUGAUCACAAAAUGACCAAUCUAGCUCCACCUGCUUCGAUGGCUUCCACGAAAUCUCCUACCCCUCCAUUAGUAUUGAAUAGUGCAUUCAGAUUACCCUCUUCCCCCCCAAUCUCUCCAUGUAUCACACUGGCCAGACCGAUCUUAACUCAAAAUUGCUCGGGUUUCCGCUCUUUUUCGAAUAGCAAUGCGGUAUUUGAAACCCACCUGAUGACGCCGCCGCCUUCACAACCAUCUUCAAAGCCCAACUCUAAGAUGUCAUCUCUCUCUUCCGGGAUUGGACAAUCUUUCGUGGAAUUGCUUAGAAACAAACCUAAUGCUCCCCCACCAUCGGGCAUUCCUAAUCUCGGAUCAAGCAUCACUGACUCAAAAAUCCCUGAGUGGAGAUCCCGUGCGACAAUGCAAGCGAUGCAACCUCUUACGCACUCUCCCACUCCUUUUGCAACAUCCCGUCUUGAAACAUCUCCAAAUUCACCUUGGAAAUUUGAGCCAACACUCUCUCCAGAUCGUAAUGGAACGUAUGGGUCAUUCCAGUCUUCGACAGCCACUGAGAUGUCGGGGCCGCAUCAAUCCCUGACUCUCACUAGAAAUUUGGGACCAACCCAGUAUUCAACUCCUUUCAAACCGUUCGCCGACAUUUCCUUCGAUGAUUUCAGAACUGCCCACGUACCAUAUUGGACACAAACAGAACCAGAACCUUUAGUUCCUCAACGAGUUCUUUCUCCGUCUAACUUGAUUAACAAUCCACUCGUUACCAAUCCUCCCCCAACAUACGUGAUUCACAUCACCUCCCGUCAAGACUACGGCAAAACUGAAUCUCAUCGAUAUUUUGUCUGUCCCACAGACCUAACAUCUGACUGGCCGGAAGUCAGUUUACUGCAGUGGUUUGCAGCUGGAGUUGGUUAUGACGUCAAAGCCGAGAAAUGGGACCAUAAAUGUUUGGAACAUCAGAGAUUCUUCCGAAUGGUCUUGAGACCCAAUUUAGCGAUGCGGGAAUGGGGCUUGGGUAGACCAUUAGAGGAGCUGCAAGCCGAAUUGGCAAAGCUGAAUGCAGCUGCGGCAUUGGGAGGUGUAUAG